AUGUUUGGUAAUCAAAGUAAUCAACAGCAACAAAGCAAACCAGCCACAACCUUUGGUGGUUUUGGAACAGGGAGUUUGAAAAGUUCGACAUCCACUACAAUGACUCCAUUCAGUCUAAACAAGCCACAGACACAAACAUCAAAUAUAUUUGGUACAUCAACAACUUCAGUACCCACUUCAUCUACUGUUUUCUCGUUACAACCUUCUACUACACCCGCUACAUCUACUGGAUUCUCAUUACAACCUUCUACUACUACAUCACAACUACAAUCGAGCAUUUUUUCCUCUUCAUCUUUAGCUCCUUCCACUGCUACAACUGGAACUACUGGAACAAUGCCUACCACGAUAUCGGGACUACCUAUUUAUACAGAGAAUAAUAUAACUUCAAUUACAUUGGACACAAAAUUUCAUCAGCUUCCUGAAUCUGCGAGAAAAAGAUUGAUGGAGAUGGCAAAAGAAAUUGAACGACACAAAGAAGUAAUGCUGUCAAUUGACAACUCAUGGCCAGAUGUGAAAGAAACGAUUCAGUCUACGAGAAAUACAGCGCGAAAUGUGGCACAGCAUAUACAUGGCCUGACCGAAAAACUUGAAGCGUCACGUCGUCUCAUUAAUGACUUAUGCCAAAGUCUAGUCCGGCAAAAAGUUUAUCAUGAUAAUGCGCGGGACGCAAGUUUGUCCACCAGUGAUACGGUGUUUCAAAAGUAUCUUCGGGAUACUAUAUUAUCAAUGGAAGAACGAAUCGAGCAGUAUGAUCAAAAUAUUGAGGAGCUCGAUCGACACAUUUCUGCAAUAAUAAAUGCAACGCAGGGAGAA